AAAAGCUCACGUAAAGAAAGCUUGUUGGUGAAUUUUGAAAAAUGGACAUCAAAAUUUAGACAGAAUUUGGUAGUGAUGGCGGGUGAAAGAGCGAUGGCAUGAUAAGAAUGUGAGCAGGAAUUGAGCGAAAUGACGGGAAAUCUGAGAUAUAAAGAAACAAGGAAUGAGGAGGAGAGAAGAAAGAGACCGGAAAUGGCAGCGCCAAUGGUGUUGGCUACUCCUUACAAUUCAGUUAGUGUUGUUAUUAAUGGAAAUAGAAGAGGGUGUACGGCAAGGUUUGCAGUUGAGGCAAAGAAAUCUCUUCUGUGUAUCAGCAAUGGCCAUGGCGAAGAUGAGGUUGCUGUUUCUAUUUUGAAGGAAAUAACCUCCAUGGGAGGGUUAAAAUUGGAAGUGAAAGCAAUCCCACUUGUUGGAAUGGGGCAUGCAUAUAAACGCUGUGGUAUUGCUACAGUAGGACCAUCAAGGAAUAUGCCUAGUGGAGGAUUCUUUUUCAUGAGUAAACUAGGUCUGCUGCAGGAUAUCCAUGCUGGUUUAAUAUCGUUGACUGUUUUGCAGUGGAAGACGAUUCAGGCUUGGGCAAUAAAAAAUCCAAAUGGGACUCUUCUUGCAGUUGGGGACCUCUUCCCUUUGUUUCUUGCAUGGAUGGCUUCCAGGAAAUGCAUAAAAGUUUGCCAAAUGAGUGCUGGAAGUGGAAUUAAAUUUAUAUUUGUUGGAACUGCAAAAAGUGAAUAUUACCGUUGUGAUGUUGACAACCUAAAUCACAAGCUUGGAUUCUUUGAUUGUGUGGAGUCUAUUUUGUUUCCACAAUGCGUUUGCUUACCUUGGGAGCGUGCCAUGAUGGCAGAUUUGAAUUGUUGCCUGAUUGUUCCAAGGGAUAGCAUCACUACAGCAAGCUUAAAGAAGGCUCUUCCGCCUUCUGCUGAAUCAAAGGUUAAAGAUCUGGGAAAUCCAAUGAUGGAUAAUCUCAACCCAUCAGGAGUCUUGGAGUUCCUUAAGAAGCAGAUACCAUCUUUAUGUGUGGCACUUUUACCAGGAAGUAGAGCACCAGAGGUUUAUUCCAAUUGGAAGACAAUUCUUGAUGCUGUUGAGAAUCUACUAAUGUCUCCAAUUUCAGAUCAAAUAAUAUUUUUAGUUCCUAUAUUUUCUUCAUUGGAAAUAGGUCUAUUUUCCAAAACACUGCUAUCCAUGGGAUGGAAAUUUGGAGUUUCUGAAAGCCUCCUACCUGAUAUCGAGGAUUCAAUACUGUGUACAGAAAAUAUAUUAUCUGCAAGCAGUGACCCCAACGGAGAAAGUGGAAUCCUAUAUUCUUUUUCAUAUAAGAAAGACAACGCUUUCCUUCUACUGACUAGGGACCUGUUCCCUGAUGUUGCCAACCUGGCAGAUGCCGCAAUUGCAAUGGCGGGUACAGCAACUGAACAACUUGUAGGUAUGGGCAAGCCUGUUUUUACCCUCUCUGGGAAUGGACCACAAUAUACUAGUCAAUUUGCAAACGCACAGUCAAGACUACUUGGGAAAUCAGUUAUAUUGUGCUCAAGGCAUUCAAUUGUUGGUGAGAUGACAAAGAUAUUGAAGGGUGAGAGAUUCAUGAAUUUUUUCAAGGAAAAUGGGCUGAAGCGCAUGGGUGCAACUGGAGCAUCUAAGCGGAUAGCACUUCAAAUUCAUCAUCUAAUUUGGCAUAAGGAUAGUCCUUAAUUAGUGGAUCACCACCCAAACUUCUGUUUGUAUUCACAUCACUGAAAUAUCAUUUCUCUCAUCAAUCAAUUUAGAAACUCUAAUCUGGUUAAAAGAUCUCUCAUAUAUAUAUAACAAAAUCUCUGAUGCUGCUUACAAAACAUCAUGCUAACCAAAUGUUGUGGUAUGUAGCAGGCAUGCCAGAUGCUUAAAGUUGCUAGAAUUGGAUAUUUGGAUAGUAAAAUUGUUUAAUUUGAUAGAAUUAAAUACUUAUUUACUGUCCAACCUAUAUGUUUAAGUCAUAUUUUUUAUUCUCC